ACAGCGAGUCUGCGCCGGAAGUGGCGGGCGGCCCGACAACUCCUCAUGGCGGCGGCUGCUGUUGGGGUGCAGUGGGGCGGUGACUGAGCUGGUGCCUGGCGGGCGUGCGCCGAGCCCGGGCCUGGCCUCCGCGUGCCCCCCGGGCUCUGCACCCCUGAUGCUGCUCGGGUGCUGACCCCGCCCGGCCGGGACAAUGGUGAAGUAUUUCCUGGGCCACAGCGUGCUCCGGAGUUCCUGGGACCAAGUGUUCGCUGCCUUCUGGCAGCGGUACCCGAAUCCCUAUAGCAAACAUGUCUUGACGGAAGACAUAGUGCACCGGGAGGUGACCCCUGACCAGAAGCUCCUGUCCCGGAGACUCCUGACCAAGACCAACAGGAUGCCCCGCUGGGCCGAGCGACUAUUUCCUGCCAAUGUUGCUCACUCAGUGUACAUCCUGGAGGAUUCUAUUGUGGACCCACAGAACCAGACCAUGACCACCUUCACUUGGAACAUCAACCACGCCCGGCUGAUGGUGGUGGAGGAACGAUGUGUUUACUGUGUGAACUCUGAUAACAGCGGCUGGACCGAAAUCCGCCGGGAAGCUUGGGUCUCCUCUAGCUUAUUUGGCGUCUCCAGAGCUGUCCAGGAAUUUGGUCUCGCCCGGUUCAAAAGCAAUGUGACCAAGUCAAUGAAGGGUUUUGAAUACAUCUUGGCCAAGCUGCAAGGCGAGGCCCCUUCCAAAACCCUUGUUGAGACGGCCAAGGAAGCCACGGAGAAGGCAAAGGAGACGGCACUGGCAGCUACAGAGAAGGCCAAGGACCUUGCCAGCAAGGCAGCCACCAAGAAGCAGCAGCAGCAGCAGCAGUUCGUGUAGCCAGCCCAGACCCUGGUGCGGCAGCACCCCACCCACCUGCUGCACCCCUCUGCCCUCCCCCCUGUAUUUUACUAUUAAAAGUCAACUUCCA